AUGAAAAAGACCUCAAGUGUUCAUCAUGGUUUUGUAAAGCAGUUCCUUAACCUGGAUCUUAUCUAUCCUUCUGGCCGCCUAGCUGUCUGCCAAAGCUAUUCUGCCCUCCCUUGGGGUGGCAUGUAUACCAACAUAUUUAGCGACUUGCCAAAUCAAGUUAUCCUGGGAACCUUCACACCUUUUGGAUGUGGUAGCAUUUCUUCUCCUAAGAGCCAAGUAAUAUCAAUGAUGUUUAAUCAGGAUGGAGGCGUGAUGCUCAGCAAAAAAGGAACCACUGUGAGGGAAUGGAUAUGGCCUUCAAAGGGAAAACUUGACGAUCCAGUUGAAAUUUGGGUGAAUAAGUUUAUUACCGUGAAGAUUUCUGGGCGCUUGGCCAUCACCUUGGUCUACAAAUGGCAUCCCCAAAGUAUAAGUCUAUCUCUGGCACCCGUAAAAUGCAAACCUUUUCCUCCACAGUUACCUGAGGCGUCAUUCCACGAUGUCAAUACUGUGUCCGAAGAAGCCAGGAAGCUAUUCAAGGCCUACAAAGUGAAGUGCAAGCAAAUGAAAUGCAUAACACAGAACAAAGAUCCUUCAAGUUUAACAGACUCAGUGGAUAUAGCUACAUUUGAUCCAGUAAUGGACAUAAGCCCUAUGUCUGACGUGGUAGCCAUUAUUAAAUUGAGAGGACUACAGACAAAGGCCAAGCAUAUCCUACUUCAAUGGCUUGAUCACUACAGAUUCGCCUUAGGAAUAGAAUCCCGACAUAUUUGCAAAAUGCCCAAGUUUCCACAAAAAGUGGUCAGAAGAAGAAUCUCAACAGCAAAAUUUCCUUUGAAACAAAGUACAAAGGAAAGCAAUGAGAAUAAGGAAUAUCUUCGAUACCAAAACACCUUCCUAAAACUAAAGGGUAUGUUUGAGCCUUUGCCUCUCCGUCAAAUUCGGAAGACCCCAGCCAGCAGUCCACCUGUCAGGCUUCCUCUCCCCAUUGAGAACAAGGAUGCAUGGUUUGCCUCCCAGCUGGUUUGUCCUGUGGUCCUAAGAUGGGCACUGUGUGGGAAUGACAGGAACAAAUGCCACUGUAGCACUUGCCACAUCCCUGAAGUGACAGACCUGGAAUAUGAUCACCUAAUAUUUGACCAGCUGUCCUCUGUGGAUCAGAUCAUUAUCGUCUAUGUGUUCUCAGCUAAGAAGAAGGACAGGACUAUGAGAGAAAUGGCCAAACUGUACACGAAACUGAAUAGACAUAGAAGCAUGCCUUGCGUUCAGUGUCGUUCAGAUGCCUUUCGAUUGAUGAAAUACAACAUCAUCACUGCAUCCAAAUUUACUAGUAGCAAAAGUCCACUUCUGGUUCAAAGGCACAAUGUCAUCCCAGGAAUUUUUUUGAGCAUUCACCCAAUAAGCACCCUCUUGGCUGGCUGUUUGGGAUAUCAGUGCUUUUUAAAGGCUUCCUUAGAUGAGUUUCAUGAGAAGCAACAACCUGGAUGA